AUGGCUGGUGUCAAGGAAACCGACACUCUUCUAGAGGACGUGACAAGGCUGAAAAACGAAUCCGAACAGCGUAAACUGGAGUCUCAACAGCUCGAAAUACGUUGCCGAAGGUUGAUUGGUGAGGACAGCGUUCCUGCAGUCGCAGACCAUACUGACUGCGACCUCGAAAGCGAUUCAUCUUUCUGCGACGACGUGAGCCCCAAUCCCUUUGCGAUGGCAGGUAACAAGAGAGCAGGUGCAAACUUGGUCUCUGAUUUGAAAUCUAGCGCAGUUGAAAUGAGUGCUCUCGUUAAUAGCUUGUUCGACAGGUCUUUCGAGGCGGAGCUGGGGCGCCGCAAUCGACUACUGGAUUUGCAGGAGAGAGAGCUUGAACUGAAGGCAAAGCGGGAACACUCUGAGUUCGAACUGAGGGCAAAGCGGGAGCACUCUGAGUUCGAACUGAGGGCAAAGCGGGAGCACUCUGAGUUCGAACUGAGGGCAAAGCGGGAGCAACUUGAACUCGACACUAAGCGACUGACCACGGUUCUCUCUGUCGUCAAGGAGUACGUGGCCGUGUUUGGGAAUGAACCUAAACUUGCAGGUAUACUGCUACAGGCGCUUGAAAACUAUGUGCGAAAUGGGUGA